AUUUUCACCAUUCAUUCGGAAAGAAAAAUGAAAUUAAAUUACAUUGCAUUGAAGGAUCGGUUACGUUAUUCAUUCUUAACCAUAACUAAAGUCGGAACCUGAGGCUCCAAAGUCGCUAUCCUUUUCUAGCUUCCUUCUGUUUCGCUCUUUUCAGUUUCACUUUGAUCACCUUUUGGUUUGUGCAUCUCAUAAUUCUCCAAUCAUAAUAAUAAUAGUAAUAAUAAUCCAUAUCGAUGGGGGAAUCAUCGUUGAUGCACAAGAUCCAUGACUCUUCAUCGGCAUCGUCGUCGUCUAGCUCAGAGGACGAGAAGAGGCCGGCGUUGGCACGCCAAGCCGCCACUGUGAAGGCAAAGGCGAAGGAGAAGGCGAUCCAUUACAAGGCGGAGGUUAACCGCCUCUUCGGCCGCGAACAGCCCGUCCACAAGGUCUUGGGAGCUGGAAAGGCGGCUGAUAUAUUCCUAUGGAGGAACAAGAGAAGCUCAGGGAUGGUACUUGGUGCCGGCACCAUGUUGUGGUUUUUCUUCGAGAGAAUGGAGUACCACCUCAUCACUUUCAUUUGCCAUUUCCUCAUUGUAUCUCUCGCAGCUCUUUUCUUGUGGUCCAAUGCUUCUGUCUUUAUACACAAUAGGGCCCCCGUGCAAGUUCCACAAGUCGCAAUCCCCGAGGAUUGCCUUAUUCACAUAGUCAAAGCUCUGAGAUUUGAAAUUAACAGAGCCUUCCUUCUUCUCCGAGAAAUUGGAACUGGCCGAGAUAUCAAAAAAUUCCUUACCGUUGUUGGUAUAUUGUGGCUCAUCUCACUUGUUGGGAGCUGCUUCAACUUCCUCACCUUGUUUUACUUAUGCUUUCUAUUACUGUUCACAUUGCCACUGGUGUAUGAGAAAAAUGAAGACCAGAUUGAUGCACUAGCAGAGAAGGCAAUGAUUGAGAUCAAGAAGCAAUAUGCGGUGCUAGAUGCUAAGGUCUUGAGCCAGAUACCAGUGGCCGGGUUCAAAAAGGAUUAAUUCAUUACAAUAAAAACAUAUAUAUUUCUUCUAAGUUUCUCUCACUUCAUACUGUCUUCAGAUCCCAAAUUUCUUUUCAGGAUUUAUUUUCGGAGGAUUGUCUUGGAUUCAUUCUGUAUUAGUUAUCUUAUAUAAAUUAAAUGUGAAGGUUAAUUAUAUGACAUGGCAACGGUACAAUUAACCACCUAGCUAGCUAAUAGCUAAUAGCCUUUGCCCAUGUAGGUAAUGUAAGAGCAUGUCAUUAUAUAUCCAGGAUAACGAAAUUCCUAUUGUUUUUGUUUGUCUAAAGGGAGAGGAA